AUGGCGAACGGUAACAUGAAUGCGGUGCGGUUCCACGGCAAACACGACCUGCGAUAUGAAGAAAUUCCAAUUCCGGAAGUGAAGGCUGGACAAGUCAAGAUCAAGCCUGCUUGGGUGGGUAUCUGUGGGACUGAUCUCCAUGAGUAUCUCGGCGGUCCAAAUCUUUGUCCAACAACACCACACCCAAUCACCGGCGAGACCGUCCCUCUGACUUUCGGGCAUGAGUUCAGUGGCGUAGUCGAGGAGGUUGGCGAACGCGUGUCAGACUACAAGAAGGGCGACCGUGUCGUAGUACAGCCAAUCAUCUACGACGACACAUGUGCAGCGUGUGAACAGGGCUUGCACAACUGCUGCUGGAGCAACGGCUUCAUAGGCCUGUCCGGCUGGGGCGGUGGGUUGGCAGACCACAUUGUAGUGCCGACCUCGACGCUCUACCACCUUCCAGACAACGUAUCUCUGGAGAUUGGCGCACUCGUUGAGCCACUAGCGGUCGGCUGGCACGCGGUCAAAAUCAGUCCGUUCAAGAAGGGCGAUGUUGUCCUCAUUCUGGGUGGCGGUCCCAUUGGCAUCUCGACGAUCCUAGCGUUGAAGGCGAAGGGUUGUGACAAGAUCAUCGUCUCUGAAGUUUCGCAGAAGCGACAAGAGUUUGCGAAGACGUUCGGUGCGAACUACAUCAUCGAUCCUAUCAAAGAGGACAUACCGAAACGCUGCAAGGAGCUGAGCGACGGCAAGGGUGUCCAUGUCGUAUAUGACUGUGCAGGCGUGCAGGCCGCAUUGGAUCAAGCUGUGCGUGCAACACGGCCCCGAGGUUGUAUUCUCAACAUUGCCAUCUGGGAAAAGCCUUGCACGAUUACCCCAAACGAUUUCAACUUCAAGGAGCGUAUGUAUAUGGGUAUCGCAACAUACGAGGUUGGAGACUUCCAAGAGGUCAUUGACGCGCUUUCUUCAGGAAGCAUGAAGCCGCAUGGGAUGAUCACGCAAAGGAUCAAGCUGACGGAGGUAGAAGAGAAGGGAUUCAAGUCGUUAAUACAUGACAAAGACAACCAAGUCAAGAUCUUGGUCGAAGUCGGAGGUGGAGAUUGA